AUGUUAAGCGAAAUAGGUCAAACUCCAAAGUUGGUUGAAAUGUUGGAUAUGUCUGUCCCUGCAGUUGCUAAAUUGAGACGUCUUUUAGAUAGUCUUCCAAGGGAAGCUUUGCCAGACAUUCUCACUUCAAUUAUUCGAACAAGCAACAAAGAGAAACUUCAGAUUUUAGAUGCUGUUAGCCUAGAGGAGCGAUUCAAGAUGACCAUACCAYUGCUUGUCAGGCAAAUUGAAGGUCUGAAAUUGCUUCAGAAAACCAGAAAACCCAAGCAAGAUGAUGAUAAGCGGGUUAUAGCAAUACGCCCUAUUAGAAGACUCACACACAUCCCAGGUACUUUAGAAGAUGAGGACGAGGAUGAAGAUAAUGAUGAUAUUGUCAUGUUAGAGAAAAAAAUACGAACAUCCAGUAUGCCAGAGCAGGCCCAUAAAGUCUGUGUCAAAGAGAUAAAAAGACUCAAAAAAAUGCCUCAAUCAAUGCCAGAAUAUGCUCUGACUAGAAAUUAUUUGGAACUUAUGGUAGAACUUCCUUGGAACAAAAGUACAACUGACCGUCUGGACAUUCGGGCAGCCCGAAUUCUUCUGGAUAAUGACCACUAUGCCAUGGAAAAAUUGAAGAAAAGAGUUCUGGAAUACUUGGCUGUCAGGCAGCUGAAAAACAACCUGAAGGGCCCUAUUCUGUGCUUUGUUGGCCCUCCUGGAGUUGGUAAAACAAGUGUGGGAAGAUCAGUGGCCAAGACUUUAGGUCGAGAGUUCCACAGGAUUGCGCUUGGAGGAGUAUGUGAUCAGUCUGACAUUCGAGGACACAGGCGAACCUAUGUUGGCAGUAUGCCUGGUCGUAUAAUCAAUGGCUUGAAGACUGUUGGAGUUAAUAAUCCCGUGUUCCUAUUAGAUGAGGUUGACAAACUGGGGAAAAGUCUGCAGGGUGACCCUGCAGCAGCUUUGCUUGAGGUAUUGGAUCCUGAACAAAACCAUAACUUCACAGAUCAUUAUCUAAAUGUGGCCUUUGACCUUUCCCAAGUUCUUUUUAUAGCUACUGCCAACACCACUGCUACUAUACCACCUGCUUUAUUGGAUAGAAUGGAGAUCAUUCAGGUUCCAGGGUAUACACAGGAGGAAAAGAUAGAGAUUGCCCACAGGCACUUAAUCCCAAAGCAACUGGAACAACAUGGGCUGACUCCUCAACAGAUUCAGAUCCCUCAGGUUACUACUCUUGCCAUCAUCACCAGGUACACCAGGGAAGCAGGAGUUCGUUCUCUGGAUAGAAAGUUUGGGGCCAUUUGCCGAGCCGUUGCCGUGAAGGUUGCAGAAGGACAACAUAAGGAAGCCAAGUUGGACCGUUCAGAUGUAACUGAGGGAGAAGGUUGCAGAGAACACAUCUUAGAAGAUACAAAACCAGAAUCUAUAAGUGACACUACUGACUUGGCCCUACCACCUGAAAUGCCAAUUUUGAUUGAUUUCCAUGCUCUGAAAGACAUCCUUGGGCCCCCGAUGUAUGAAAUGGAGGUAUCUGAGCGUUUGAAUCAACCAGGAGUGGCAAUAGGUUUGGCUUGGACUCCCUUAGGUGGGAAAAUCAUGUUUGUGGAGGCAAGUCGAAUGGACGGUGAAGGUCAGUUAACACUGACUGGCCAACUAGGGGAUGUCAUGAAGGAGUCUGCCCAUCUUGCUAUUAGCUGGCUCCGCAGCAAUGCAAAGAAAUACCAUCUGACUAAUGCUUUUGGAAGUUUUGAUCUUCUUGACAACACAGACAUCCAUCUGCACUUCCCAGCUGGAGCUGUCACAAAAGAUGGACCAUCUGCUGGUGUUACCAUAGUAACCUGUCUCGCCUCACUUUUUAGUGGGCGGUUGGUACGUUCAGAUGUAGCCAUGACUGGAGAAAUUACACUAAGAGGUCUUGUUCUUCCAGUGGGUGGAAUUAAAGACAAAGUUCUGGCAGCACACAGAGCAGGAUUAAAGCAAAUCAUUAUUCCUCAGAGGAAUGAGAAGGACCUUGAAGAAAUCCCAAGCAAUGUACGACAGGACUUAAGUUUUGUCACAGCAAGCUGCCUGGAUGAAGUUCUUAAUGCAGCUUUUGAUGGUGGCUUUACUGUCAAGACCAGACCUGGUCUUGUAAAUAGCAAGUUAUAGGCCCAAAACUUGUUAGAAUUUAAUGUUUGAAGUACUGUAAGAGACUGACAAGUUCGAUUUUAUUCACAUCAGUAAGAGUAAUCACAAGAAUAAUGAACCUCAUUCAACUAGCGGCUAAUGUUUAUUAUGAAAACAUGAUCUGUUAAUAAACUGAUAAAAGUAAAAUCCUUGUCUUCAGUGGAAUCCCUAGUCCUCAGUGUAGUCCACAGAACCCCAGCAUCUGUAUUACCUGAGAACUUGUUAGAAAUAAAAAAUUGUCAGAGCCAGUUCAGACCUGACUCAAACUCUGGGGACAUGGGGCCCUCCAGGUAAUUCUGUCAGUCAACUUCAGGAACCAUUGGUGUAAACCAUUACCUCAGCAGACUCACCUGUAGGCUUUAUUGGAUCCUGGAACCAAUCACUUAGAAGGGGAACUUGCAAAGAUGAAAAAUAUAGCCAACUACUAUUUGUCCUUGUGGAAAACAAACAUCCUGGCCCUGGGUGCCUAUAGUCUCAGGAAAAUUCAGUCCUCAGAGGGAGGCACAGCUAUCCCUCUUGAGGAAUAGUUUUUCAGAAUAAAGGCUUCAAAUUCUGUCUUCUGCAAUUCACUUCUGUUAGUUUGCUUGUGCCAAUUCCAAAGUCUGUCUACUUCCCAUCCCUAUCUUCUGGGUUCAGUCCAAGGUAGWGGGUAACUAUGAAGGCAGGCUCUAGCUGUGUAAACUUUUUGUUAUCUUCCUUUUCCAAUCUGUGAAAUGUAAGUAGUGGUACCUACUACACUAUGACUGUGAAGAUUAAAUGUAAAAUAAUAUUACGCAAUUUUAACUAUUAUUCCAACCAGUAUUGGACUUAAGAAUCAAAAUAUUAUAUUGCAAAAGAGAGCUGGGAGCAGUGGUGCAU